UGUCCCGCUGUUAUAACCCUGGGAGCCCAGCCUGAUUCUAAGGGUCAACCUGCACUGCAAUAUUUUCACAAAGGAUCCAGUUGAUAUUGGUCGACCACUGGUUGAUCAUUAAUCUGUACCCCUGCCAUCCAUUCAACUGAAGAGUGCUAGCCCUUAGACAGUUGGACGAGCAGAGGAGGAUAUCAAUAGUCAGUACAACUCAAUACGCGACAGAUCGACCAACAAGCAGGAUUGAGCAAGUCACUAGUAUGUUGGCCAUUCUCUCAGGAGUUGUAGGAUUGUUGUUUUUGCUGUGGAUGUUCCAUGAUUUUAUCUGGACGACACCCCCGUCUGCUGAGAGACAGCUUGGCAAACCGGAUCAGCCCAUUGAGUAUAAUUUGGUGCACAGCAGUGCGGCCAGUUUGCCAAGCUUCACUGGAAAACCUUUAAUCUUUUUGAAAUGGCUUGGUAGAACUGGUCUUGGAGAUACUUUGAAAAGAUCAUCUGUCAGCAAGGUAGGAUUGGACUUGUUGAGGAGAAUCAAAAUCCCAGAUGCACCAACGCUAUUUCCACUACCCAAGACAUCUCCUCAGACCAAAAGCCACACUGUACCUGUUGACUUUGACAAAUUGAUUGAGGAAAGCAGUAAUAAAUCACAGGAAUCGUCCUUCAAGUUUGUGACCAUUCCAGACCUGGUGAGGGAGUAUAGGUCCCACUCUGUCACUCCAAUGCAGAUAGCAGAAAGAGUGAUUGACUUCAUAAGGGACACUGAAAAACAGAGUCCCAUGUUAAGAGCCAUUGUCCAGCAUGACAGAGAUGAAAUUUUAAAGAUGGCAGCAGCAUCUACUAAGCGGUAUGCAGAAGGUAAUCCUUUGUCUGUUAUGGAUGGGAUUCCUGUGGCUGUGAAAGAGGAGUUUCAUGUGGUGCCAUAUUAUGCUCGUUGUGGUACUACAUUCAUGGGCAAUACGCCAUCAACAAAGGAUGCUGGUAUCGUGAAAAAGUUGAGAGAUGGAGGAGCUAUAAUCAUUGGGCUGACUAACAUGCAUGAAUUGGGAAUUGGUACCACAGGAAAUAAUCCAAACAGACUUCAUGGAACUCCAAGAAAUCCUUACAAUGUGAAUUAUUACACUGGAGGAAGUUCAAGUGGGUCUGCUGUUGCAGUAGCUGCAGGCUUGUGCCCAGUUGCAUUGGGCACAGAUGGAGGAGGUUCUGUCCGUAUUCCUGCUGCAGUAUGUGGAGUAGUAGGGAUAAAAGCAUCCUGUGGCCGCAUAAGUACAAGUGGCGAGGUACCUCUAGCUCAUACUGUCAGUUAUGCUGGGCCCCUUUGUGCGACUGUUAGAGAUGCCGCCCUGGUAUACGCAUACCUGUCAGGAGAAGACGAAGAGGACCCAAAGACGCUCGGGCAACCAGAAGUGACUCUGGAAGGAUUUGAAAACAUCUCAUCUCUUGAGGGAGUUACACUUGGAGUAGACUGGAAGUACUUUAAGGACUGCGAUGCAGAGGUUUACAAACAAUGCGAAAAAGCUGUUGAGUAUUUGAAAGAUAAAGGAGCUUUGGUUGUCUCGAUUCAGAUUCCAGAGUUGCAGGAAACUCUUUCUGCUCACGCAAUCACCAUACUUUCCGAAAUGGCGACUGGAAUGGAGGAAGAAUUUCAUAAAUACUACAAUGAAAUGAACGCCGAAUCUACCUCUAAUUUGGCCGUUGGAAGAAUGCUGAACGCCCGUGACUACUUCCAGGCUAUGAAGCAGCGCACGCGUGCUAUGGGAUUUUUGAAAGCAAUUUUUGAAGAGGAGAGAGUGGAUUGUAUUUUAACACCAGGUGAUGUGAUAUAA